AUAAGUUACUUGAAUUUAUUCGAUCAGCACUCAGGCGUUGCCUCCAAAAGCGUAUCUCUCCCACUCUCAGAUUCGCUCUUAGUUUCGAUUGUGAUGUAGACACCGACAGAUUGCAGAUACUUGGAUACAUUAUGCGAAUGCUUUUGGCUCUUCGGUCAGUUGCUCUGUCGCCUCGAAAUGGCCAGCACCGAAAGUCUGGAUGGCAGUGCCUUCGAGGGUGACAUCUCGGCGGUGCCGCAGGUGGGUCAUCUGACCACCGAGCCGCAGGAGCUGGAGUGCCCCGCCUGCCACCAGUUGCAGACCACCCGCGUGGAAUCGGAGGCGGUGACCAUUCUGCAGAAGAUUACCUGCUCCAUAAAUGUGCUGCUCUGCUGCAACCCCAUUCGCUGGAAGGGUCGUCACGAUGUCAAUCACUACUGCAGUUCCUGUGGCUGUUUCAUAGGACGCGACAUCACUCUAAGUUGGUACAAGAGGACUCUGUUCCGGCUCCAAAGGGGCGAGGUGGAGGAUAAUGGACGCUUCCAAAAGUUUCGCAAGGUGGAAAAGGAGCAGCUGGACGAAAAGAAAUUAGGAAGACAGCGCAAGGCUCUAGAAUCAUGACGUUCUAAUGAGAUCAAAUAAAUAAAUAAUUUAAGCAAACAAUGAAACCUUUCAAACCUUACAGUCAGUCACAAAAGUAUUCGUUGCGAG